AUGGGAGGCGUUGAUCAAAAUUCCCCUCACGAGCAUGAGAAAGACGACGGCACCAAUGUAGAUCUGACAUUUGAGUUCACUUCGGUCGAGCACGCUGCUGCAAUCGCUCACGAAGCCCACGACAAGAAAUAUUCUCCAUGGACUGCUUCCAUGUUCCGGCUUUAUGGCAUUCUUUUCGUUGCAUAUGCCUGUGGAUGUCUUAAUGGAUACGACGGCAGUUUGAUGGGAGGUCUCAACGGCAUGACGUCGUACCAGAGAACGUUCGAUAUGACAACUGCGGGCUCCUCAACAGGCAUUGUGUUUAUGAUUUACAAUGUUGGCAGCAUUGCUGCAGCACCUACUGUCCCUUUCGCCACUGACGUCCUCGGACGCCGUAUCGGGAUGUUUGUUGGUUCAGUCAUUAUUGUCAUAGGCACAUGUGUGCAAGCUACUAGCCAUUCAUUGUCGCAAUUUAUGGGCGGCCGGUUUCUUCUAGGGUUUGGUGUGUCGUACUGUUGUAUUGCAGCCCCCACUUAUGUUAGCGAGCUUGCCCACCCAAAGUGGAGAGGCACCCUGACCGGAUUUUACAAUUGCAUGUGGCCGGUAGGCGCUAUCAUCGCGGGUUGGGCGACUUACGGCAGCGCCUACAUCGAUACCAACGACGGCUGGAGAGUUCCAGUGUGGAUUCAACUAGUGACGUCCGGUAUCGUGUCUAUCUUUGCAUUGUUCCUUCCUGAAUCUCCCCGAUGGCUCAUUGCAAACGACAAGCAUGAUCAAGCAGCGGCUGUUUUGGCUAGCAUUCACGGCGACGGCUCUGUUAAUCAUCCUAUUGUUCAACUUCAGAUGAAGGAGAUGAUGGCGCAGAUCUCCAACGAAGCCUCCACUCAAAAGUGGUGGGACUAUCGAGAGCUUUGGAGCACACGCAACAACCGUCGACGUCUAAUCUGUGUGAUAGGCAUGGCCAUCAUGGGGCAGGCAUCAGGGAACAGUCUCUCGUCGUAUUACCUCGUUACGAUGAUGAACACAGCCGGCAUCACUGACGAGAAGAAAGUGUUGGCCCUGAAUGCUUCAAACAGCGUCAUUGGCCUUCUUGGCUCACUGAUUGGCGCGCGUUUAACCGACCCCAUCGGCCGCAGACCACUUCUCAUCUACAGCAUAAUCUUUUGCUCUUUCAUCUUUGCAGUCAUUACUGGAAGUUCCAGUCUUGCUGUGAAUGACCCCGGCAACACCCACGCGGCAAACACCACGAUUGCAUUUGUCUUUCUUUUUGGUGCGGUAUUUUCAAUUGGUUGGACUGCUCAGCAGAGCAUGUACAUUGCAGAAACACUUACAACCUCUACUCGAGCGAAAGGUACGGCUGUCGGAAACUUCGCGUCAAGUUGCAUCUCACUUGUUCUUGCGUACUCCUCUGGCCCAGCAUUCGAGAAGAUCGGCUACUAUUAUUAUAUCGUUUUUGUAUUCUGGGACCUGUUGGAAGCCGUUUUCAUCUACUUCUUCUUCCCAGAAACCAAGGAGCGGACGCUUGAGGAGCUUUCAGAAGUCUUCGACGCCCCGAAUCCGGUGACGAAGUCCUUGGAACCUAGGACUGCUCACACCAUGAUGGUGGCUAUGAAUGCUCAUUCAUCAAAGACUGCUGAUGUGUAA